AUGUCCUCCCACGUCGCAAUGGGGGAUAUGACCUCUCCGCGCGGUACCUUACCCCUUCUCCCCUCCUACCCAUUCUCCUCUUCCGACCACACCCUAACACCUCCAGCAUUCAACCACUCCCAAUCCGAAGCCACCGAACGGGAAUACGACCGUCUCCGGGACCUCGCACGCGCCGAAGCCAACAAGAAAAACUGGGAAGCCAUGAAAGCAUAUAACAAACAAGCGUCGGAUUUCAUCUUCCGAGAGAAUAAUGCGAAUGGCCGGGUGCCGGAUGAUACGAUUGAUCUGCAUGGGCAGUUUGUGAAGGAGGCGGAGCAGAUUGUUAGGCAGAGGAUCGUGUAUGCGAAGAGGCAGGGGCAGGGACAUUUGCAUGUGUGAGUUUUUUGGGGGGGGUUUUCUUGGAGGGGGUUUAGUUUUUAGAGGGGGCAAUGGGUGGUGAGGGGAGAUGGGGAUGGGGGGAUGAAUGUUAGAGUGGGCGCUGACGAGUUACAGGAUCGUUGGCAAGGGAAAUCACUCAGUGAACCNUUAGAGGGGGCAAUGGGUGGUGAGGGGAGAUGGGGAUGGGGGGAUGAAUGUUAGAGUGGGCGCUGACGAGUUACAGGAUCGUUGGCAAGGGAAAUCACUCAGUGAACCAUGUUCAAAAAAUCAAACCUGCCGUCGAGGAAGUAUGUCGAGAAGAGGGUCUACAAUUCGCGACGGAGGCCAAUGCUGGGGUUAUCUACAUCAAUCUUCAAGGUGGAGAAGCUAUUAUGCCUCCUAAUGUCGGUCAACACCAUGGGAAUCAAGGUCAACAUCACGGAGGUCAACAACAUCAUGGCGGUCAUCAGCAAGGCGGUUAUCCUGGUGGACCUCAAUCUGGUGGUUACCCUGGUGCGCCGCAACAUGGACAACAGCAGCAAGGCGGGGAUGACGAGAUGGAGAAGUUGGCGAAGAAGUUGCUGCCCAAGGUUCUGAAGAAGUUGGAGGGGUGUUGUGUUGUUAUGUAGAGGUUUUUAUACAUACGUGGAUGGAUGAUGCAUGGAUGAGAUGAUGAAUGAUGGGAAUGAGAUUUGGCGCGGUGGAUUUAUACCCAGCGAGCGGAGUUGCUAUCUUGAGCUAGGUCUGCACUACACCGGUGCUGAUGAUUUGGGGGAUUUUGCAAUACGGAGAUGAAGAUUCGAAAUUCUU